AUGGAGAAGCAAGACGAUGAACCUGAGGCCGGCAAAGCCAAGCCGGAGUUGGAGCAGAAGAUGGAAGAGGCGUCUGUCUCGCCUACCGGAUCUAGCGUCGAAAUCGACGAGAAACGCCACCACCACCACGAGCAAGAACGCGAGCAACACGCAGUAGGGGAUGAGAAAUCCCGGCAGCACUCAGAGAGCCUGGACGAAGAUGCAUCAGCAUUCAGCAGCGAUUCGAACGAACGUGGCGAGCUGGACCUUGAGGACGAAGAGAUUGAGGAAACCGUUCCUGGGCACGACCUCGACCGCCAGCUCAGCAGGGUCCACGAUAUCGAGAGUCUGCGAAGGAUUGAAUCACGCGGCAGCGUCAAGUCGAAAAUCUCGCGUGUCUUUUCCGCGGUCUCAGGCCGUGGCCGCGCCAAGAAUCGCGGGGGAAUCAGACACGAUCCAUUGCCACAAACUAACCUUGACGAAGGUAUCGUGGGCUGGGAUAGUCAGGAAGACCCGCACAUGCCUCUGAAUUUCCCACCCUUUCGCAAGUGGCUACUUGUCGGCCUUCUCUCGGCAAUCACACUCGUUACGCCCUUCGCCUCAUCUAUUCUAUCGCCUGGGAUCUCGUCACUGAUGGUCGAGUUUGGCGAGACGGAGCAAAUUGUGGGUUCCAUGACCGUCAGUAUCUACUUGCUCGGCUAUGUUAUCGGACCAAUGUUUCUCGCCCCGUUGAGUGAGAUCUACGGGCGAAGGCCGGUGCUGACAGCAGCCAACUUGUUCUUUUGCUGCUGGCAAAUCGGAUGUGCGCUGGCGCCAGACAUCAGCACGCUGAUCGUGUUUCGAUUCUUCAGUGGCGUCGGAGGCGCUGGCUGUUUAACACUCGGUGGCGCUGUCAUUGGCGAUCUGUUCCGGCCGGAACAGCGAGGCUUUGCGAUGGGCAUCUGGACCUUUGGGCCACUAAUUGGCCCGAUACUCGGUCCAUUAAUAGGCGGCUUCAUCGCCGAGACGAUUGGAUGGAGAUGGGACUUUUGGAUUGUGCUGAUUGUUGCCGUUCUCAUUUCCAUCACCAUUGAGAUUUUCAACCAAGAAACUAGCCAUCGCAUCAUCAUUGAGAAGAAGGUUCAACAGCUCAAGAAGCAGACUGGUCGGGACGAUCUACGCAGCUGUUAUGAUACCAAUCAGGGCCCGAAGCUCUCGCAGAGGCGUAUCCUUGUCAAUGGAUUGGUUCGGCCUCUCAAAAUGCUCGUGCUUUCGCCAAUUGUCUUGCUGCUGACGAUCUACAUCUCAUUCACGUACGGCACACUCUACCUCCUGUUCACGACGAUACCCACUGUGUUUGAAGAGACUUACGGCUUCAAUAUUGGCCUCACUGGGCUGGUGUACCUCGGCCUAGGGACAGGUACGACAUUGGGGUGGUUGGUCAUCACCCUAUACUCGGACAAAUCCGUCAUCAAGCUGGCCAAGGCGAACAAUGGUGAAUUCGAACCCGAAAUGAGGCUUGCUAUGUCAAUUGGUUUCUCGUGGCUGCUUCCAAUCACUUUUUUCUGGUAUGGCUGGACAGCCCAGUACAAGGUGCACUGGAUCAGUCCAAUCCUGAGUCUUAUUCCAUACGGAACAGGCAUCAUGGGGCUGUUCUUGCCCAUCACAACUUAUCUUGUUGAUUGCUACCCUAUGUACGCCGCCGCGGCGAUCGCGGCAAAUACGGAGCUACGAAGUCUGGUUGGUGCAUUAUUACCGCUUGCAGGUCCUCCUAUGUAUGAUUCACUUGGCUUGGGCUGGGGCAACUCCUUGCUGGGUUUCCUAUGCGCGCUUAUGAUUCCCUUGCCGAUUGUGUUCUACAAGUUUGGUAAAAGGCUGCGGCAAAUGGAGAAACUUCAGCUUUAA